AUGUUGGGUGUUCAUAACAUAGAUGAUAUCACGGCUUUGGCAGCACAAAUGCAGGCGUUAAAUAAGAAGAUUGAUGGACUUCAAAUUCAAAAACUUGUAAUAGUUGCUUCUAUGUGUGAUUUUUGUGGUGAAGAUCACCCAAACCAUGAGUGUCAAUCAGGUAACAUGUUUGCGAUUAAUUCUAUGCAUGAUCAAGCUAACUAUGUUUCAAAUUUUCGCUGGCCUAAUAAUAAUCCAUACAGUGAAACAUAUAAUCCAGUGUGGAGGAAUCACCCAAAUUUCUCUUGGAGUAACAAUAAUCAAGUGAAACAACCACUGCCAGGUUUUCAAUCUCAAAAGAAGAAAUCAAAUUUAGAAGAGAUGAUGGUGAAGUUCUUGAGUACUACAAACACAAGAAUUCAUAAUCAAGAGGUUUCCAUCAAGAAUUUAGAAGCUCAAAUUGGCCAGUUAGCCAAUAUCAUUUCGGGUAAACAGCAAGGGCAUCUACCAAGUGACACAGAAAAGAACCCGAAUGAGCAAUGUAAGGCCAUAACCUUGAGGGAUGGAAAGGUGAUUGGUGAAGAAGAAUCACAAAAAAAGGCGGAAAGUGAAGCGAAGUUACCAAUCUCCAUUAAAGAAAAGAAAGCGAAUUCAGAAAAAGAGACAGAGACUAAGGUAAAGGAAAUUGCAAGAGGUAAAGGAAAAGGUACGUCAAAUUAUGAUUCUAUUGUUGUUGAAAAAGAUGUAUCUAAAUUUCCUUAUCCUGAUAGAAUUAGAAAGGAUAAACUGGAUCAACAAUUUUCAAAGUUUUUAGAGGUCUUUAAGAAAUUGCAAAUAAGUAUUCCAUUUGCUGAAGCUUUAGCACAGAUGCCUAGUUAUGCAAAGUUCUUAAAAGACAUCCUUUCUAACAAGCAGAAGAUUGAGGAGCAUGGGACAAUUAUGCUCACUGAAGACUGUGAUCACAGAGAAGAAGUUUUGCAAAAGGACUCUUUAGAGAGAUGUCUAAUGGAGUCAAGCACAACAAAAGAUAAAGGCCCAUGCUUGAGAGAAGAAGCUAAAGCGUUAGAGAAUGAAUCUCUGACUGAUAAUAAUAUGGAGCUAAAGGAGGAUUUGCAUAAAACUUCCAAUGAGGCUUCUAAACUUGAACUUAAACCUCUUCCUUCACAUUUAAAAUAUGUUUUUCUAGAUAAAGAUGCUUACCCUAUGAUUAUUUCUGCAUCUUUGACAGAUUUGGAGGACAAGUCACUAUUAGACAUUUUGAGGAAGCAUAAGAAGGCUAUGGGAUGGACAAUUGCUCAUAUCAAGGGAAUAAGCCCUUCCAUCUGCAUGCAUAAGAUCCUCAUGGAAGAGAAUUUCAAGCCAACAAUACAACCGCAAAGGAGAUUAAAUCUUGCCAUGCAAGAGGUGGCCUUUAAUUUGUUGAAGGAGAAGCUAGUGACAGCACCAAUAGUGGUCACACCAAAUUGGAACAACCCCUUUGAAAUUAUGUGUGACGCGAGUGACUAUGCCAUCGAUGCUGCUCUUGGUCAAAGGAAAGACAAAAUGUUUCAGGUCAUAUCCUAUGCCAAUCAUACCUUAAAUGGUCUACAAUUGAACUACACAACAACUGAGAAAGAAUUACUAGCAGUGGUCUUCGCAUUUGAGAAGUUUAGAUCCUACCUCAUAGGCACGAAAUCCGUAGUCUACACAGAUCAUGCAGCUCUACGACAUCUCUUUGCUAAGAAGGGUGCCAAACCACGCCUUAUCAGAUGGGUCCUUCUACUUCAAGAGUUUGAUUUGGAGAUUAAAGAUUGA